UUCCUUAAAUAUUCAUCAUCAAAGAUUCGUUUCGUACGCGACGCCCCGACCUCGGCACCACGCACUCUUUCUUUUCUUGAUUUCUACUAUGUCCGGAAAACAAAUAUAAACUAAAAACCACCAAAAAAAAUUCCCUCAAAAUACCUAACUCUCUUUCCAUUCCUUCCAUUGUAAACCAUGUACUGAAAACCUUUCUUUCUUUCUUUUUUCAUUUUUUUUUCUGGUGAACCAAGUUUAUUCAAUUAUAGGAUUCUACCUAGAUCCCUUUAUUCCUGUUUUACAUCCGGAUCUCUCUAUGCUUUGUGACAAACCAAACCUCCACCAUUUAAAUCCUCUCACUUCUCCUUCUCCUCUAGCUAACCUGGUCCCUCCUUACAAAAAGGUUACACUUCUACGAAGUCAAUCAUCUAUACACAAACCAAAAACAAAAGAAGCACUACUUACAACCGAGCAACAAGGAAAAUAGCAAAGCAUCAUGAAUGGUAUGAUCAACUAUCAUAAUAAUAACCAUCAUGAUAGUAGUAAUUACGAUGAGAAAAUGCAGAGAACUCAAGAGUAUAUUGAUUCUUUGGAAGAAGAAAGAAGAAAGAUUCUUGUUUUCCAGCGUGAGCUUCCCCUUUGUCUAGAGCUUGUCACUCAAGCUAUUGAAACAUGCAAACAACAGUUGUCAUCAGGAACAACAGUAACUGAGUACAAUUUUCAUGGGCAAUCUGAAUGCUCUGAGCAGACAUCAACUGAUGGGCCAGUUUUGGAAGAAUUUAUUCCUAUAAAAAGAGCUUUAUCAUCUGAUGAUGAUGAGCAACAAUCCCGCAAGCCGAAAAAGAGUAAUAUUAGUAAUGGUAAUGAUACGGAUAACAAGAGUAAUAAUAAUGACAAAGCUGCAUCAUCCAAGAAGUCUGACUGGCUUAGAUCUGUCCAGUUAUGGAAUCAGACCCCAGAUCCACCUCAAAAAGAGGAUUCACCUAAAAAGGUGUCAGUUGUGGAGGUGAAGAGAAAUGGAAGCAGUGGUGGAGCUUUUCAUCCAUUUAAGAAAGAAAAGAGUAUUGGUGCCAAUGCUGGUAAAUUAGAUGUUCCUAAAAGUGGUGAUAAGACAUCUAUCCCCGCGGCCGAAGCUAGCUCCACGGAGGAGACAGGUGGCACUAGUGGUGGUGGUGGUGGUGGAAACGGAGGAAGUAAGAAGGAAGAGAAAGAAGGACAAUCUCAAAGAAAAUCAAGAAGGUGUUGGUCACCUGAAUUACACAAGAGGUUCUUGUUAGCCCUUCAACAACUUGGUGGUGCACAUGUUGCUACCCCUAAACAAAUUAGGGAAUUAAUGAAGGUAGAUGGGCUCACCAAUGACGAAGUUAAAAGUCAUUUACAGAAAUAUCGUUUGCAUAAUAGAAGGCCCAGUCCAUCCAUUCACAGCAAUAACAAUCCACAAGCACCACAGUUUGUUGUGGUGGGGGGAAUAUGGGUGCCACCACCAGAAUAUGCUGCCAUGGCUGCAACAACUGGCUCUGGGGAAGCACCUGGAGGUGCCAAUUCUAAUGGAAUCUAUGCUCCAAUUGCUACAUUACCUCCUCCCUUUCAAGAUCCCUCGGCAUCUUUAAAGCAAAAGCAGCGGCAUAAGCACUUACACUCUGAUGACCGCGGCAGCAAUAGUGGCGGUGGGGUGCAUUCCAAUUCCCACUCCACCUCCUCCUCUACUGACACCGCCACCACUUCGCCAAACUACUGAUCUUCUGGGUGUGCAAAGUGUGGAAAAUUUUGUAGCAUGUUCCUUCUUGUAAUGUGCUGAUAUAACGAGUUAGGAGAGAAAUAUAGAGUGGUUUUGAGUCAUGUUUCUGCUGCAAUUUCACACAUUGUUAUAUUUCUUUUCAUCUUCAUGUGAAAAUCUUGAAUGCCUUUGUGAGCGACAGUAAUAAUGGACGAGUACAAGUA